AUGAUCUACAUGGAACCCUUGGCACUGGGCUGGCGUCCACUGGCGACUUCGUGGCUCCAAACCAUGCCAGAGGCUCUUGCCACCGGCGGUGGACGUGAGACCCUCGAGUGUCUCUUUGAGUGGUGCUUCGACCCCUGUCUGGACUUUGUGCGACUGCAAUGCAAGCAGAUGACUCCCGUCAGCCCAAUGUCACACAUCGUCUCCACUCUAGGCUUCAUUGAAAUGAUGGUUUUCGACAAGGCCCGCGAGGAGGAUGCCAUGGACAAUCGCUACCUCAAGGGUUGGUCCUACGCCUCCCUACUGUUUGGUAUCAUCUGGGGCAUUGGUGGCUGCCUGGACUUUGCCAGUCGGAUCAAGUACGAUGCCUACGUACGCCAGCUGUUCAUGAACCAGAUUGAAGAACUGCCCGUGCCGGAAUGCGUGGGUGGGCGCAUCGAUUUUAUGAUGUCGGAAAGUGGCCUAGUCUACGACUACUGGUUUGAGUUCAAGAGCCGUGGUGUCUGGCGCCACUGGAACGAAUUAACACGCGGCUUAAACAAAUUUGAGGGCAUGGAAAUCAGGGAUAUUAUCGUGCCGACCAUGGAUACCGCGCGCUACAAAUACAUCCUCGACACCUGCCUCACCUUCAACAGGCCCGUCAACUUUGUUGGCCCUACUGGUACGGGCAAAUCUGCCUACGUGCAGGAGAAGUUGAUUCGCGAUAUUGACAAGGAGAAGUACACCCCCUUCUUCAUCAAUUUCUCCGCCCAAACUAGCGCCAAUCAGGUGCAGAAUCUCACGAUGUCAAAGCUAGACAGGAGACGCAAGGGUGUGUAUGGUCUGCCCAUGCAGAAAACUGCCGUCUUCUUCAUUGACGAUAUGAACAUGCCCCAGAAGGAGGUGUACGGAGCCCAACCACCAAUCGAACUCUUGCGCAUGUUCAUGGAUCACGGAUAUUGGUAA